AACACUGAAGCCGAUCGUGCAGCACGUUUUCCAAACCAAAAAAUCACCCCGAUUUUGAUGGAGUCUCGAGCGACAGUUGCAGCAAAUCGUGCAGAGGCACGGAAUUUCCCCACUACAUACAGCGAUGAUGACAGUGAUGAUGAAUACGAUGAAUACCGGAAACCGAAAGACCCCAAAACGUAA